AUGCCUAAUGUAGUCACUACUGCUGGGGUUAGAGGUUCAAUUCUUGAUUUCUUCAACAAGAGGAAAGCUAAAGAGCAGCAGAAACAGCUGGAUGAGAAUGUGAAACUGUCAACCCUGGUUACAAAAGAGUUGAGAAAUUCUCUGAUGCUGGGCUUUGAGGUUCAAUUCUUGACUUCUUCAAACAUGAGGAAAGCUAAAGAGAAGCAGAAACAGCUUGAUGAGAAUGUGAAAUCGUUAACCGUGGUUACAGAAGAGCUCAGAAAUAAUGUGUCGAUAACAAUGGCUAAUGUAGUCACUGCGGCUAGGGUUGGAGGUUCAAUUCUUGACUUCUUCAACAGGAGGAAAGCUAAAGAGUAG